UACGUGAAUAGUAUUACUGAAAUAAAUCAAAUUUUUCAUGAUAUUCUAAUUUUAUGACCAGCACCUGUAGCAUCUCUGGUUGAAUGGAGCAUAAAAUAUAAAUACAAAAAGAAACCCACGUAUGUAAUCUAUUUCAAAACUCUUAGCUGUAGAUCCCUACUGCAGCACUUCAUUUCAUUUCCACACCAGCCGUGCUGUUGGUGCAGCAAUCAUUAGGCCAGGGAUGGAAACCAACAUCAAAUAAUCAUUGAAAGACAGCCAGCUCCCUGACCUGACCUAAAGUCCUGUGUGUAUUUUGGGAUAAAAACCUGACGUGUCUCUGAUAAGAAAUGGGUCUGUACAUGCGCCACGUUGUCAAAGAGAAACCAGGCUGUCAAAUCAACCCUUUAUUCAUUUCUCGUUUUCAAGAGACAGAGUAAGACACCUGAACUCAGAGAUGUCUGGACUUAAUGCAUCACUCGGAUACUUCCUUUCUGUGGCGAUCUUUGCAGGACUGGUUCAAAUGCUCCUCAGAAAAUGGCCUCGGUUCAACUUUGUUUCUGAGUUCGCCUCUUCCUUCAUGCUGGUGGGAUGCUGGCUGGAGAUACAGACCAUCAUGGAGGUGGGCCAGUGGGCUGGGGGCCUGGGCCAGGAUGUGACUGUAACCAUGCUGUUUGUGCUGCUGCUGACCAACGGUGUGCUCUGUGCCGGAACGCCGGGGAAUCCCAGCCUGGUCGUGCAGAAGUUCCUGCAGCUUGAAGCCGGCCCUCUGCCUACAGCGCUCGCUGUUGCAGCCCAGUUCAUCGGGGCUCACCUGGCCCUGCUAACAGCCAGGUACUACUGGAGCUUGGAGCUGACAGACAUGCACAUGAUCAAAAACCUGAUGUCGACAGAAUGCAGCACGUCCCUGCUGGUGUCUGUGGUUCAAGGCUUUUUUACAGAGUGUGCCUGCGCUCUCAUCUUUCAUCUCAUCCAGUUAAAUCUGCAACGCAGAUCUGCUCUGAUCCGGGUACCCCUGACCGCAGUUCUUCUCACCUUCUUCUCCCAUAUCGCCAGGAGCUACACCUCCGCUUUCAUGAAUCCAUCUUUGGCAUAUGGACUCACCUUCCACUGUCCUGGGUUUACCUUCAAAGAGUACGCAGUGGUCUACUGGCUGAGCUCUCUCACAGGCAUGAUGUUGGCUCUUCUCCUGUACAUGGGCCACAUUCCGAGGCUUUUUGCCAAAAACCUUCUGUACGUCCAAAAGACGCGCUUCAGAGUGCCGAAAGGAGACAAACCCGAAAAGAAGAAAAACUGACAGAUAAAAGAAAAACACUCAAGGAAAUUGUCACUGGUAAUGAGAAAUGUACUUUACCUGAACAGUAAUAGAAACAUAUGUAAAAUAUUUGGAAAUAAUCAAAAACUCAUAGCUGCAUCUUUGUUACCUGUACUCAAAAUGGUUUUUUUUGGAGGAAAAGUAAUCUACAGCAUGUAUUCAGUCAAAUAAAUGAAAGAAAAAAAAAACA